AUGUCUGUUGUCAUUCAAGUUUCUGACACCUGGAAAGGGUUUCGCAGUAUCCGUAAUUUGGUUAUCUUUGGUGAUUCCUAUAGUUCUGUAAGGGACGCGAUCCAAACCCCAGAGCCAACACCCAACCUCCCCCUCGGGACAGAGUGGCCUGGCUUUACUUGGAACGAACCAGAUCUCCCCAACUGGGUAGGGCACUUGUUAACCAAAUACGCUCCCGGCCCAAAAUACAAUCCUACGGCGGACCAGCAAGAUGAGGCUUAUCUAGCUGCGCCGUUGUUAGCUUACGACUAUGCAAUCGGCGGUGCUACGUACUCGGGCGUCCGCCAUCAGGUCGAACGCUUCUUGCGAAGUGACUACUCCAAGAAGAUCGAUCCCAAAGACUCAUUGUUUGUAUUUUGGUUCGGUAUCAAUGAUUGCGCUUACUCCAGUGACCCGAAACCGUCCUUGACCGCGUUGGCCGAUUUCCUCGACCAGCUAUACGCGACUGGGGCCCGUAACUUUCUGCUCAUCGACGUACCGCCCGUUCAAAAUUCUCCUGGUGAGGGGAAAUAUUACGACGGCAGAUUCGAAUCCUGGAACACAGAAUUGAAGCAGACCAUGGAAACCUUCUCGUCAGGACACACAGACGCCACGAUAUUGAUAUUCUCCAGCUACUCAAUAUUCUCUGCAUUCCUGAACGAACGCAAGAAGUACGGCUUCGACUCGAAGCCGUUUAGUCAAACUAUCUGGAUGGAUGCCUUGCAUCCGACAUCGAAGGUGCACGGUGUAGUAGCUGAAAGCGUGUCCACGUUCUUGCAGAGCGUUCCGGCUAGUUCUUAG